GCGAGUCAACGGAGUUAGUUGCGCCUACGGCGGUGACACGACUUGGGCCAGCCGGAGCCCGUACACAUGGCGUCCGAGGAGGAGCAGAGCUCGCUGGAGGAGCCGUCCCCGCCGCGGACGCCGACGUCCUGGCCGUCACAGCCGCUGCUCCUGGACCCGGCCUACGCGCGGAGCAAGUCGGUCAUCCACGACGAGCUGCGCAGCUUCCGCGUGUUCCUGCAGUGGUGCGCGCUCGACCACUCCUCCCCCGCCGCGCGGGCCGCCUCGUACGCGGCCUUCCUCGCGCUGGCGCUCGCCGUGCCCGCCGCCGUCACGGCCUCCCUCCGCGCCGACGCAUCGCUGUCCCCUGCCUCCGCGUCCGCGGUCACGUUCAAUCGCGUGGCCACGCUCACGGCGUCGGGGCUCGCCGCCGUCUCGUUCGUCACGAUGGCCGUCUUCUUCCGCCGCUGCGGCGGCCUCCGGCAGCUGCUGUUCCUCGACGGGGGCCUCCGCGACGACACCGCGUUCGUCCGCCGCCGCUACGAGCGGGAGCUGGACCGCGCGUUCCGCCUCCUGGCGGCGCUGCUCGUCCCGGCCCUCUGCGUGGAGGCCGCGCACAAGGCCGUCUUCUUCUUCUCCACCGUGCGCGUGGAUCCGCCGCUCCCGCUCCCGCACGUGCCGUGGCGCGCGGUGGCGCUGGUGGCCACGGUGGCGUCGUGGGUGUACCGCACAGGCCUGCUGGUGUGCGUGCUGUUCCGCCUCACCUGCGAGCUCCAGAUCCUGCGCUUUGAGGGGAUCUACCACAUGUUCGACGCGGAGGCGUGCGCCGCCGCCGACGAGAUCUUCGUGGAGCACCGCCGCAUCCGGACGCAGCUGCUGGCUACCAGCCACCGGUACAGGGUGUUCAUCAUCUGCUGCCUCGUCACCAUCACCGUCAGCCAGCUCGGCGCCCUGCUCGUCGCCCUCUCCUCCCAGGACGGCAAGAGCUUCGCCAACUCCGGCAACCUCCUGGUUGGUUCGUCGGUGCAGCUGAGUGGGUUCUUCAUGUGCCUUCUAUGUCUCGCAGGAUUCAUGGGCCUUCUACGUCACGUAGGAUUCAUGGGCCGUCGACUCAUUUAUGGGUCUUGUACGGGCCUUUAAUGGGCCGUAGACGGGCCUAUAAUGGAAAUCGUACGUUUUAU